AUGCUAAGAUCAUCUAUUGUUCGUUCUCGUUCUUCCAUUAGACCUAUCGUACGUCGUUCUUACUCCUCUUUCAAGGAAGUUAAGUUUGGUGUUGAAGGUAGAGCUGCUUUAUUAAGAGGUGUCGAAACCCUAGCAGAUGCAGUUUCCGCUACUCUAGGUCCAAAAGGUAGAAAUGUUUUAAUUGAACAACCUUUUGGUGCACCAAAGAUCACUAAAGAUGGUGUUACCGUUGCAAAGGCCAUUGUUCUAGAAGAUAAAUUCGAAAACAUGGGUGCUAAACUAUUACAAGAAGUCGCUUCAAAGACCAAUGAAGCUGCCGGUGAUGGUACUACUUCCGCAACUGUUCUAGGUAGAGCUAUCUUUACCGAAUCUGUCAAGAAUGUGGCUGCAGGUUGUAAUCCAAUGGACCUAAGAAGAGGUUCUCAAUUGGCUGUCCAAAAAGUUAUUGACUUCUUGAGUUCUAACAAGAAGGAAAUUACUACUUCCGCUGAAAUUGCUCAAGUGGCCACAAUUUCCGCUAAUGGUGAUGCCCAUGUUGGUAAAUUAUUAGCUUCCGCAAUGGAAAAAGUUGGGAAGGAAGGUGUGAUUACCAUUAGAGAAGGUAGAACUUUAGAAGAUGAAUUAGAAGUUACUGAAGGUAUGAGAUUUGACCGUGGGUUUAUUUCUCCAUACUUUAUUACUGAUGCUAAAUCUGGUAAAGUCGAAUUUGAAAAACCUUUGUUAUUAUUAAGUGAAAAGAAGAUUUCUUCCAUUCAAGAUAUUUUACCUGCUUUGGAACUAUCUAAUCAAAACAGAAGACCAUUGUUAAUUAUCGCUGAAGAUAUUGACGGCGAAGCCUUAGCUGCUUGUAUCUUAAAUAAAUUAAGAGGUCAAGUUAAGGUCUGUGCUGUUAAGGCACCAGGCUUUGGUGAUAACAGAAAGAACACUCUUGGUGAUAUUGCUGUAUUGACUGGUUCUACCGUAUUCACUGAAGAAUUAGACUUGAAACCAGAACAAUGUACCAUUGAACAUCUAGGUUCUUGUGAUUCUAUCACUAUCACAAAGGAAGAUUCCGUUAUUCUAAAUGGUAAUGGUUCCAAGAGCUCUAUUAAUGAAAGAAUUGAACAAAUUAAGAACUCUAUUGAUGUCACUACUACGAACUCUUAUGAAAAGGAAAAAUUACAAGAACGUCUAGCUAAAUUAUCCGGUGGUGUUGCCGUCGUUCGCGUUGGUGGUGCUUCUGAAGUUGAAGUAGGUGAAAAGAAGGAUCGUUAUGAUGAUGCUCUAAAUGCUACCAGAGCCGCUGUCGAACAAGGUAUCCUACCAGGUGGUGGUACUGCUUUAGUUAAGGCCUCCAGAAUUCUAGAUGAUGUUGAGGUUGAGAACUUUGACCAAAAGUUAGGUGUCGAUAUCAUUAGAAAGGCUAUCACAAGACCAGCUAAACAAAUCAUUGAAAAUGCUGGUGAAGAAGGUUCCGUUAUUGUUGGUAAGUUAGUCGAUGAAUUCGGUGAGGAUUUCUCUAAGGGUUACGAUGCUGCUAAGGGUGAAUACACCGAUAUGUUAGCUGCUGGUAUCAUUGACCCAUUUAAGGUUGUCAAGUCAGGAUUAGUUGAUGCUUCUGGUGUUGCCUCUCUAUUGGCUACUACCGAAGUUGCUAUCGUUGACGCCCCACAACCAGCUGGUCCAGUUGGUGGUGGUGCUCCAGGUGGUAUGCCAGGUAUGCCAGGUAUGAUGUAA